UGAAAAGAAGAAAAAGGGAAAAGGUAGUAAGAGCAUCUUGGUAUAUUUGGUAAUGAGAUUUAGAAUGUGAUUCUCGUAUCUCUAUCUCCCAUUCCCAAAAACAAAAACAGUUGACCUUGUUAGAGUUAGAUACACACACACAUACACACAGACACACACACCAACCAUACGCGCACAUACACUCUUCAAAUUCCCAAGUGCGAAACAACAACACCUAUCUCAAAUUCACAUUAAAUUUAAAAUUCAAACUCAUACCGCAGCCAAAAAACGAUGUCGUUUGAGGAGGAGGAGGAGGCUUUCGAGCACACGCUCCUGGUGGUGCGUGAGGUCUCCGUCUACAAGAUCCCGCCGCGCACAACCUCCGGUGGCUACAAGUGCGGCGAGUGGCUACAGUCCGAUAAGAUCUGGUCGGGUCGGAUCCGGGUCGUGUCACGCCGUGACCGCUGCGAGAUCCGCCUCGAGGACCCGAACUCCGGCGACCUCUUCGCCGCGUGCUUCGUGUACCCGGGUCAGCGCGAGAACUCGGUCGAACCGGUCCUUGACUCGUCCCGCUACUUCGUCCUCAAGAUCGAGGACGGUCACGGCAAGCACGCGUUCAUCGGGUUAGGGUUCGCGGAGAGGAACGAGGCCUUUGAUUUCAACGUUGCACUUUCCGAUCACGAUAAGUACGUCAGGAGGGAGCACGAGAAGGAAUCCGGCGACGCCUCCGCCGCCGAAGAUUCACAGAUCGACAUUCACCCGGCCGUCAAUCACAGGCUCAAGGAAGGGGAAACCAUCAGGAUUAAUGUGAAGCACAAAGCAUCUAGUGGAACUGGCAUGCUUUCAGCUGCUGGCCUGGCAGGUGGGCAUGUUGCAACACCAAAGCCAAAAGCCUUGAGCCUUGCUCCCCCACCAAGUGGGGCAGGAAAAAUCAGGUCCCCUCUUCCACCCCCGCCAAAUGAUCCAGUUGCUGCUCGGAUUGCUUCUACUGGUCCUGGUUCUGACCAUAAAGGGACAUACGAAAGUGUGGGACAUUCUACUGAUUCUUUAUCAGAUCUUUCUCAAUUACAGAAGAAUCUUCCUUCAACAGCCACUUCAGGAUCGACCACAGCUUCAGGAUGGGCAGCCUUCUGAUUAUAAAUAUGAGCAUUUUAACUAUGAGGCUUUUAUUAUUCUGAUUUUUUUGGUUCUUUAUUUUGAGAAAAGAAACAGUGGAAGAAACUGAAGAAAGGGGUGUCAUAAGUAAAGUUAGCACAAGAUACCAAGUAAUUCGAUGUCUUGAGGAAUAUCCUGGAAAUAUUUAAUGUUUUCCCCAUAUUUGUAAUAACAGGUUUCUAUAUCUAUAUAAAAAAAUUACUCCCCGCCCCCAACCCCAAAAAAAUCUUUCUUUCCUGACCGAGGUGUACUUAUGAUUUUUGCUUUCAAGGGAGUGUUCCUGAUGACAUGUAUCGUCAGCUGAUUACCAGUUUCUUGAAAUAGGUAUAUAUAUGAGGUUGCU